CCACAGCUCUCUAUCCAUGCUGGCCUAUCUGAGGCAGUCUGCAGAGGAAGUCCCGCCCAACGUGUCUCUGGUUACCAAUGAGAGUGGAGAGAGGAAGCUGAGGUUCCGGCAGACCUUGUCAGUGCAUUACAACAACAACAGUCUGCAGACCGUGCCACUCUGUGCCCACCUGUCCCUGCCCACUGUAAGUCUGUCCUGUGACAGUCUGGACUUCGGUACCUGCUACGUGGGUCAGACCCUGGUCAAGGAGGUCCAUCUUUCCAACCGAGGAGGCUCCUCUAGCUACUGGAGAAUACUCAUAGACUCUGGUGAGGAGGAGGAAGGGUCAGAGUUCAGAGUGACUCCUGACUGUGGGGUCCUGAAGCCGUUGGAGUAUCCUGUCUCCUCUUGCACACAGCCCCUACAGAUCAGUUUCACUGCUAGCAAUGAGAGGGAGUUCCAAGCCACAGCCGUAGUGGAGGGGGUCCUGGGGGAGCCCCCCUUAUCGCUACACGUCCAGGGACGCGGCUCCUUCGACGAGAGAUUUGUGUCUCUACUAGCCGACAUUUAGCAGGAGUCUCAGAGGACAGGACUUUAACCUGAGAACACUGUCAACAGUUUUGUGCACUCUUUGCAUGUAUUUAUCACGUUUUGUACUUAGUGAAUAGCACAGGAGGUUGGAGGCACCUUAAUUAGGGAGAAUGAGCACGUGGUAAUGACUGGAGCGAAAUGG